CUUCUAUCCAUGAGAUAUAUAUCCAUGUUGUUUCGGCGUUGCACUGAACCACUAAAUCCCUCAGCUGGGUGAAGGUAGAGCGCGUCAUGAUUUCAGUCUCAUUUAUUUUCUUCAGUUUCUCUUCUGCUAUUGCUCUAUUACUUACAAGUUAUGUUGCAUACCAUGUCAUUAUAGCACCGCGGUUCAAUCCCCUCAGGAAGUUGGCUGGACCACCACUGAAUGGGCCACUGCACAACCAUAUGUCGCCUGUUCUCGACCCAUUCAGGUCACCCAGGACUCAUGCUGCCUAUGUGGAGAAAUACGGCAGGAAUGUCCGUAUAAGGGGGCUUGGUCCUUGGGACGAACGCCUCCUUCCCCUUGACCCUGUUUCCGUUGCACACGUACUAAAGAACAGCACAAUCUACGAGAAACCUUGGCAAUCUCGAAGACUUAUCACGAGCCUUAUUGGUUGUGGUAUGCUGGCUGCAGAAGGUCAUGUCCAUAAGCGUCAACGGCGCGUCGCCACCCCUGCAUUUUCCAUUCAGAAUAUGCGAGCACUUGUACCACUUGUCUUUAGCAAGGGAGAGGAGCUCAAAGAUAAGUGGAUGAAUAUGAGUCAGGCAGUAGCCUCGGAAAAGCAAAACUCUGGCCAGGUGGAGAUCGACAUUUGUCACUGGAUCAGCCGAGCUACCUUCGACGUUAUUGGGCUAGCAGCUUUUUUGCUGCGUAUAAAGGAGAUGUUCGAGAUUGCCGUCUCGCAAGGAGAUGCGUUCAGGACAGUUAUGGGGAUUUACUUUCCCAUACUAAAUAGGCUUUUCAAAACUAUUCGUCGCGUAGCGGGAAAGCUAGUGCAGCAGAAAAAAUCGAGAAUUAUGGAUGGAGAGAAGAGCGGGUCCGAUACGACAUCUCUCGCUCUAACGUGGACAUUUCUGCUCCUUGCGAAACAUCCAGACUUGCAAACCCGUCUUCGUAAGGAACUUCUCUCUAUCAUGCCGACUACUCCAAUAUCUCGGUUGUCAUGUGAAGAAAUCGAGUCUUUACACAACACUCUGCAGAAACUUACCAUACUUGAACAAUUCCAUUCUUCCCUUCGUGUUGCAACUCAAGAUGACGAGAUACCUGUAUCAUAUCCUGUCCACUUGAGCGACGGCACGAUCUCGGAGCAAAAGUCUAUAAGUGUGUCAAAGGGGAGCUUCGUACAUGUCCCAGUGGAGGCUUUCAACCUCGACAAGGGUAUUCCUGAUCGAUGGGAUCAUCUUUCGGAGGAUGUGCUGUCACUUCCAGGACUAUACUCUAAUCUUCUGACUUUCUCCGCUGGACCCAGGUCAUGCAUCGGGAUGCGUUUCUCUAUGAUCGAGAUGAAGACAUUUCUCUAUAUCCUUCUGACGACUUUCAGCUUUGCCGAAACAGACAAAAGAAUCUACAAAGCCAACUUCAAAAAAGGAAGCCAAUGUCCACUCAUUGUAACACCACUCGAAUCGAUUGCCACUUAGAACAUAUAAGUUAUAUUAACAUUUACCACGCGUUAAGCACGCAUAUACCCCUGCAUACGUCGACGCUGGUACACUUGUGGAGAGGCGGUGUUGUAUGUAAAUAAAUUAUAUUGUAUUCGGACUUCAGCAUCAUACCAUCUUUGCUCUGCACACCAAUCACAACUCAGGAUAUGAUCCAGCUCUCG